AUGGCCCCGCUUGAGUUUGCUGUCGAGAUCAUGGGAUCACACUUGCGUAUCAAGUGGAACACAAGCUGCGUGCUAGCUUCUGCCUGGGGGCACGAGAAGGGAAUUCCAGCCGCUGAUGUGUGGAUCGAGAAGUUUCAAAGCAGCGGGCAGGAGCUGACAGCAAAGGUCUAUGCUGCUCGCGCCAGUGCCGAUGUGAUAAGUGGAGACUUUGAGCAGGUGGAGGCACGGAUGCAGCAGAUGGAAGCUGUUGGCUUGGAGAUUGACGAGGAUGCUUUGACAGUCAUGCUCCUGGCAUACGGAUAUGCAAAACCUCAACAGACUCUUUUGGCAGAGCAAAUGUUCAAGCAGCAGAUGCUUCGUGGUAAGGUGCGAGCCACCCGAGAAGUCCUUGAGGCCCUGCGUUUGGCUGUGGGCGGUGCGCGGUGUUUGCAGCUCAGGAGAGAGUUGCAAAUUGGCUCGCAGAAGAAGUCACCGGAUGCAGCCAUUGACUACGCUGCAAAAUCGGCAGCUGGAAAGAACCAAAGGCCCAGAGGCAGGAGUCGGAUUUGGAAGAGCUUUCUUCCUCCUGAGCCACCUGCCAAGCGUCUGAAGUGGGAGUAG